GCAACUUACUGCCUGUGUCGCUGUUUCAUACUCGUGACGCCAUUCUUCUUCUCUUCCCCGACGCCUUCCCCCCACCCUCCCGCUCAGAGAUCUACUCGGCGCUGAAAGCCCCCUCUCCCCUUCAUGACGACAUGCCUUCCACCCCCCUCCUCGCUACAAAUGCUGCCGCCGACGCAGCGAGAGCAGCAGUGUCCGCUUCAAAAGAGAGGGGAAGACCCAGCGAGAAGACAAGGCUCGAUGCCGCCGUCAUCAAUGUAUACGGAAACCAGAUAGUCUCCAAACGGAGCGUCGAAAGACUUUAUGCGCGGGAAAACGAACACCGAUUUCUCCGUCAUUUUGUCAAGAAACCUCAGCGCCGGUCACCAACCGUGAACCGGGGCUAUUGGUUGCGAAUGCAAGCGGUGGAAUAUGUAGUGGAUUCGUUUCUCAAUGAAGAGCUACCGCCCAUAGCCGUGCCGAAGAGGAAGGUUGUGGUCAACCUGGGCUGUGGAUAUGAUCCAUUACCUUUCCGCUGCCUAUCGAUGGAUAAAGCGAAUGCGGAGGUCCUGUAUGUUGAUAUCGACUUCCCGGCCCUGAUCACCGACAAGGUCGCCGUCAUAGCCCAGACUCCCGAGCUGCACGACUUCCUCUCGGAACGACAACAUCACCCAACCCCGGUGGACCAUGUGCACUACCAGAGCACACAAUAUCUGGCGCUUGGGUGCGAUCUGCGCGAUCUCGACACCAUCCGGAGGCUCUUCGAAGCUCACAGGCUGGUGGAUGCCGCAGUAUUCUUCACGGCGGAGGUCUCCCUCACGUUUAUGGCCCGCGAGGCCGUCGACGCACUCAUCCAGUGGGCCGCAACGCUACCCGACGCACGUUUUUCCGUCCUGGAGCAGAUAAUUCCAGCAGGACCACAUCACCCGUUUGCACGGACCAUGCUCAAAUACUUCGAAACACUCCAGACUCCGUUGAACUCGGUAAUCGCGUACCCGCGAUUGACGGACCAGAUCCGCCGCUAUUCGUCCCGAGGGUGGAAUUCGGUUGAUGUUUGCGAUCUUCUUGCGUUCUGGAGUAACCGCAUCCGCCGCUCCGAAUGGGAGCGCAUCGAGUCGGUGGGUGACGGAUUCGACGAGUGGGAAGAGCUGUAUUGCUUUGCCCAGCACUAUUUCAUCUUGUACGCACAUAACGGCAGCAAUCCACACACCCCCUUUCACGGCCCAGGGCACCACUGGAAUGGCGGCGGAGAGUACCGGCGGUACCCUCCGAGGGGCCGGGGAAUGGACGACAUCAAGGGCCCAGAAGAUCACCCUACGGGAUUUACGGCGGAGUUUACGGCGGCCCGCGGUCUAAAACGGAGAUUUGGUGCGGCGGCAGCGGUUGGUCCCGACAGUUUGGUCUUUCAUGGCGGGCAAGGGCCCACCUCUAGGCUAGGGACAUCAGUUUGUAUUACGCAUUCCGACGACGACAUUGGACUGCACGGGAAGGGUCCCGGUGUGAGAAUGUGCCACACGAUGACGACCCUGCCCAACGGCAAAGUAUUACUGGUCGGAGGACGAACUUCGCCGGACAAGCCGAUGAAGGAUGCCUGGCUGUUCACUGGUGGAGUCUGGACGAGGGUGGAUGAUAUUCCAGUAGCCAGAUAUCGGCAUGUUGCUACUGCGGUCGAUGGUGAUAGGAUAUUGGUGUAUGGAGGACGAGGGGAAGGAAGAAAAGUUCUGGCGGACUGGCUGCUGUGGUCCGAAGGCCAGGGCUGGAGAACAAUACAGGCUGUCGGUUCCGCCUUACCCACACCACGAUUCUCUUCUGGCAUAUGUUGGACGGAUCGGAGAUAUGGUGCUCUUGGCGGUGGUUUGGAUGCACACGGAGAAGUCUUGGACGACAUGUGGAGAUUAGAGCUCCACGAGACUGACGACGGAACGGAGACGAUCAAGCCAUAUUGGAGCAUGGUCAACAUACUGUCGACACGGAAUCUCUGGAAACGGUUCGGGGGGCAGAUGUUAUACACCGGUCAUGGCCGCAUAUUGUAUGUGGGCGGCAUCAGCGGCUGCGGAUUGAUGAGAAGCGAAAACGAGAUAUUGGAGGUGGAUUGCAACCGUGUCACAGUCUCCGCAAUCUACGCACCGUUUCCAAAAGAGACCUCGCCGUUCCUCAUAGGCCAUUCGGUCGUUUGUCUCCGGGAACGGGUGGUUAUAUGUGGCGGAGGUGGCUCGUGCUUCAAGUUCGGUCCCUAUACCAACGACGGAAUAUGGACCCUGUCGGACAGCGAGAAGUACGAUACAUGGAAGUUCCUUGAAGAAGGCAGGGGGUUGGAUAUUCCACGAGACCUUGACACGCCGAUGGUGGACUCAUUCGAGGGGCCCGUCGAGGUUGAUGGUCCACCGCCUCGGAUCGUCGAUGUCAAGAGGAUCAGAAUCGACUCGGACGAAGACUUCAAGAAGGUUGUAGCAGCAGGAGAGCCCGCGCUCCUCGAAGGAGUCGAUAUCGGUUCCUGCGUCACCUCUUGGUCACCAGACUACCUCAAGGCUGCGUUGGGGGCGGACCGCACAGUUGUGGUUCAUGUGGCCGAGUCAUAUGUGUCGUUUCAACCCAAAAACUUCAAAUACGAGAAAGCCCCAUUUGGGGAGUUUAUUGACGCCGCAUUUACUCCCGUUCCCCACGCACGCCUGUACUUCCGCUCGUUAUCUGUUGGCAAUCCGACCUCGGCACCAGCCAGCUUCGUUGAGGACUUCCCGGAACUCGCACCUGACUUCGUCCUCCCACCGUCGCUCGCGCUCGCCAUGGAGCGACAUUUCAGUUCCACACUCCGCAUUUUCAGUGCCGAUGUUGGAAUGUGGUUGCACUACGACGCGAUGCCCAACCUGCUGUGCCACAUAUCGGGCCGCAAGGCGUUCAGACUAUACCCACCGGGCGACGUGAGCAAGCUGUCGUUCUCGCACGGCUCCACCACGUCCUCCAUCUCAGACAUCUUCGCCUACAAGUCGCCGCCAGGCACCACACAGUACGAUGUCGAGCUGGCCCCCGGAGACGUCCUCUACAUCCCCCCGUUCUGGAUGCGCGCUGCGAAACCAAUCACGCCCUGUGUCAGUAUCGAUCUCUUCUUUAGGGGAUUUGAUGGCGCUGCGUACACCCAUGGCAGAGAUGUGUAUCAAAAUAGAGAUGUGACGGUCUAUGAGAAGGGCAGGAAGAAGAUUCAUGGCAUCGUCGCUGAUUUUAAGGAUCUGCCGAGGGAUAUGCGGAAGUUCUAUCUGAGCAGGUUGGUGGAGGAGUUGAAGGAUAGCGAUAGUUAGGGGGGGGGGGGGAUGUAUUGGUGGUAUGGGUUUAUGUAAUUGGUGUAUCUGGCUGGAGUUCUUUUUUUUUCUCUUUCGGACAUGAUAUGUAAUACUACAUGAUAG